UCUACCGGUACAUGGAUGCCUACCAAGGAGAAGGAUGAGGAUAGUGGUGCAGUGCAGUCCGAGGCAGUCCAGGAGAGAAUCAUGCGCGCCGGAGCGUGCCAGAACGUGGUCAUUAUGGGCCGCAAAACUUGGGAGAGCAUACCGCCCAAGUUCCGUCCAUUGAAGGAUCGCACCAACAUUGUGAUUAGCUCGCAAGGUCGAUCUGCAUUGCAGCCACUGCCGGAUGAUGUUGUCGUCGCCGCAGAUAUCGUGUCUGGCUUGCAGUCACUCGAACAACUGGUCCACGAGGGCAAGUUCUUGCCGGUCGGGCGAGCGUACAUUAUUGGAGGCACGAGCAUCUACGAGGCCGCUCUGAAGCUGCCACAGCUCAAUCGAAUCUUGUUGACGCGCAUUGACAAGGAGUACGACUGCGACACCUUCUUCCCAGUGCAGCUGGAUGAAGAAGACCAGAACGUUCCCGGCGGCUGGCGCCGAGCAACUCAUGCAGAGCUGCAACGCUUCGUUCAGGAAGAUGUAGCAGAGGGUCCCGUGGCCGACCGCGCUGGCGACCAGGACAUCGCCGUGGACUUUCAGCUUUACGAACGUGCAUAAUAAUACCUGAGGUACCUCAUACCUACCUACCUUACCUACCUUUAGGUACAAGUGCCUAGGAGGUAUGUUCGUCCCGUCUCUGUAAUACCACACGCGUCGACACGUGCCGUCGUGUACCGUGGUUGGAUGAGAGAAUCCCCGCCGAGCUCCCCACCAAACCUUGUGGACAGCUACCUCCUAGAACACCUCCUACAGUACCUCCUAUUGUACCCUAGGUACCUAUAAUUGGCUUCUGCACAUGAAAGCCGUCACCGUCGUCUUUCGUCACAUGCUUCGAGACACACCGGAUCAACUGCCAGUCGCGCCUCGGGUUGGAUCCGCUGUGAGUCCAACAAUGCAAAUGCUUUGCCGGCCAUGAUUCCGGUGCGUUCGUCGAAGCCAAACAAUCCGUGAUCACCCGGGAAUGGCAUGGCCGAGGUCCAACUCCGCUCGUCCAGAGCGAGGCCUGGCUCGAGCCUGGAGUAUGUUCCGCGCGAACGCGACUGAGACCAGCAGACUUGACCGAUUCUGGCAAGCUACGUAAGAGCUUCAAUGUUUCCCUCGGCCUGUUCAUCAUGCUCAUGGGACUCGGUGUCGGCUUCUGUCUCUUCGAUUCACCGCCGCAACUGUUCAACUACACCCCCAUCCGCAUUCCUACUUGUGAAGAACGUGUCAGACAUCGAGCUGCUCUUGCAGCCACGCUCCCAGACAUCGUUGUACUGAACCCUCACUGCCAUUGAGAGCCUCUAUACAAUGUCUGCGAAGACCACAGCAGGCCCAGGCGGCCGCAAGCCAGCCUCUGCAGCAACCAAUUUGAUAGCUGGUGGAGGAGCUGGUAUGAUGGAAGCUCUCGCCUGUCACCCUCUGGACACGAUCAAGGUCCGGAUGCAGCUCUCUCGACGCCAACAACGAGGUGGUAAGAGGCGAGGUUUCAUCAAGACAGGCGUAGAGAUUGCUCGCAAGGAAACUCCACUUGGAUUGUACAAAGGACUGGGAGCUGUGCUCACUGGUAUUGUGCCUAAAAUGGCGAUUCGCUUCACGAGCUACGAAUGGUAUAAGCAAAUGCUCGCAGACAAGGAUGGCAAGAUCAAGGGAAGUGGCAACUUUCUGGCUGGUCUGGCAGCGGGUGUCACAGAAGCAGUUGCUGUAGUCUGUCCUAUGGAGGUCGUCAAGAUUCGAUUGCAGGCGCAGCACCACAGCAUGGCUGAUCCACUCGACGUGCCCAAAUACCGCAACGCUGCGCACGCGUGCUACACUGUGAUCAAGGAAGAAGGAAUCGGUGCACUGUACCGUGGUGUGUCGCUCACAGCUCUGCGACAAGGCACCAACCAAGCAGCCAACUUUACCGCGUAUACGGAACUCAAGGAAAUCAUGCAGCAAAGGAGUUCGGAUCCCUCGAAGCCAUUACCAGGCUAUACGACUGCCUGCAUUGGUCUCAUCUCAGGAGCUGUCGGUCCUUUCUGCAAUGCUCCCAUUGACACCAUCAAGACUCGCUUGCAACGGACGCCCGCCGAGCCAGGUCAGACUGCUCUAGGCCGCAUUACCACCAUUGCAUCGCAAAUGUUCAAGCAAGAAGGUGCUCGAGCAUUCUGGAUGGGGAUUACACCUCGAGUUGCACGUGUGGCACCAGGGCAGGCUGUCACCUUUGCUGUGUAUGAAUACCUCAAGGAUAUUCUGGAGAAGAGCCGUGAGAUGAUACCUGCAAGCGAUUACCAAGAGUAGAGACGAGUAUAGUCUAUUGAGCUUGAAUGAUACCAGAUCAUACCUCAGGUAACCUUGAUGUUUGCAAGGGCAAGUCUUGUUAGAGACUGGUCGUGCGAGAGAAAGGAGUUGGUCCAGGUAUGUUUCGCAGCACGAGAAUCGCAGAUGUGCUACUACAAUAUACUAGGUAUGUACAGGCUAGAGUGUCGAAGCCGUCACUCCGUGCCGUGUCCCUAUCACCUUGCUGCACAGGGUUUUUGCCGUCGGCGAAGAUUCCAAUGUUUCCAGAUCUGGAAGGUCAAGCUUCCGUGACGCUCACCCCGAGCUCUCGCUUUAUCGUAGGAGGCAAGCCCCGCGCCAGUAGUAACGAUCACAAUCCAUUCAGCAGACCACACCCGAAGAGCGUGCAUGCUUAGUCAAGAAGCAGAAAUAGAACCAGUUGCAGCUGUUGGGUCUUUUAGUGGCCAGUUCGGCACCUUUCCUCGCGAUCGAAGCACCCUCUGCACUUCCGGUGAAGCUCACCAUAACGCCGCAAAGCAAUAUAGUAUC